AUGUUGAGGUCGUCGAUUUUGGUUUUGAAGCACGGCGUUACGUCGGCGGUUGUUAGGUCAAAACCGGUGCCGUUUGGAUGGAGGAAAACCGGUUACGUUGAAUCUAAUAAUAGAUUAUGUGCUUGUUCGUUCUCGAGUUCGAUUGGCAGUGACGGUGGCGGUGGCGGUGGCGGUGGCGGAGGGGUAGGGUUAGGGCAAGGGGACGGAGGAGGAGGAAGAGGGAGAAACGACGGUAAUGAUAGUAUAACGUUUGCGGAGGCGAAGAAGCUGAUGAGAUUGGUGAAUGUUGAGGCGUUGAAGAUGAAAUUAAGUACGGAAGGAAAGGAGACGAUUCGUUAUUCGGAGCUUUUGGAGGCGUGUGAGAGUAUGGGAGUCACGAAAUCGAACAAGGAAGCGGAGGAGUUCGUUAGGGUUCUUGAUGAGGCCGGUGUUGUUAUUAUUUUUAGAGAUAAAGUUUAUCUUCAUCCAGAUAAGGUGGUGGAUCUGGUUAAAAGCGCAGUGCCGCUAGCCCUGACACCUGAAGACGACCCGAGGCGAGAGGAGCUGAGGAUCCUACAAGCAAAACAGGAGGAAAUCGACGCCCUGGCUCACAAGCAGGUGCGCCGCAUCCUCUGGACCGGGCUCGGGCUAGCAUUAGCACAAAUCAGCCUCUUUUUCCGUCUAACUUUCUGGGAAUUCUCUUGGGAUGUCAUGGAACCGAUCGCAUUCUUUACCACCACAUCUGGGCUAAUCAUCGGCUAUGCUUACUUCCUGUUUACGUCAAGGGACCCGACGUACCAAGAUUUGAUGAAAAGAUUGUUCCUUUUACGUCAAAGAAAGCUGGCGGAGAAACAUAACUUCGAUAUCAAUCGAUUCGUGGAACUGCAGAAGAAAUGCAAAUCACCAUUUCCUUCAACAGGACCAGGGGUUGGGCUUGAAACCUAGUUAUGGUCUCUCACUCUUACUUAGAUAUUAACAUAAAAAAACAAAGUUUUGACUUUUCAAGUUGACUCAUCUUCUUGAGGAAGGUUAUAAAUGUUUACGUUUUCCGUCCCUAUAGUUUGUCGAAAAUUGCUAUUUUCAUCCCUAAGGUUUACAAUUCAUUCUCGUUUUCGUCUUUGUGAUUUAAAAUGUAUUGAUGGUUUCCUCCUUGUGGGUUACAUAAUUCAUUGCCUUUUUGUCACUCUGUACUUAGAAGGAUGAAGAAGCAAUGAAUUGCAAAUCACAUGGACGAAGAUUGAAAUUUUGAAAGAAGAGGGAUGAAAGUCGUAAUUAUUAGCAAACCAUAGGGUAAAAAAAUGUCAAUAUGUAUUUAACUUUGUAAGACUAGGAAAAGAAUAUAAUGUAACUGGAAAUUUCAGUGAAUACUUGGUUAAAAUGCCAAAAUGGCUU